GAUGGGAAGCCGCGUGCCCGCUGCCUCCUUGGCUUCUGGAGACCCCUCCUCUUCUCUCCCAUCGCACAGCGUUGGCGCAGCGAGGCCCCCACACCCAGGCCGAGGACCGCCUCUUCAAACACCUCUUCAGGGGCUAUAACCGCUGGGCACGGCCGGUGCCCAACACCUCAGACGUGGUGAUCGUGCGCUUUGGACUGUCCAUUGCCCAGCUCAUUGAUGUGGACGAGAAGAACCAAAUGAUGACCACCAACGUCUGGCUGAGGCAGGAGUGGAGCGACUACAAGCUGCGCUGGAACCCAGCUGAUUUUGGCAACAUCACCUCCCUCCGGGUCCCUUCAGAGAUGAUCUGGAUCCCUGACAUUGUCCUUUACAACAACAGAAUUGCAAGAUGAAGUUUGGCUCCUGGAGCUAUGACAAGGCCAAGAUCGACCUGGAGCCGAUGGAGCAGACGGUGGACCUGAAGGACUACUGGGAGAGUGGUGAGUGGGCCAUCAUCAACGCCACGGGCACCUACAACAGCAAAAAGUAUGACUGCUGCGCCGAGAUCUACCCCGACGUCACCUAUGCCUUCGUCAUCCGCCGGCUGCCACUCUUCUACACCAUCAACCUCAUCAUCCCCUGCCUGCUCAUCUCCUGCCUCACCAUGCUGGUCUUCUACCUGCCCUCCGACUGCGGCGAGAAGAUCACGCUGUGCAUCUCCGUGCUGCUCUCGCUGACCGUCUUCCUGCUGCUCAUCACCGAGAUCAUCCCGUCCACCUCGCUGGUCAUCCCGCUCAUCGGCGAGUACCUGCUCUUCACCAUGAUCUUCGUCACCCUCUCCAUCGUCAUCACCGUCUUCGUGCUCAACGUGCACCAUCGCUCCCCCAGCACCCACUGCAUGCCCCGCUGGGUGCGGGUGGCCCUGCUGGGACGUGUGUCCCAGUGGCUGCUGAUGAACCGGCCUCUGCCAUCCUUGGAGCCACACGACUCCCCAGGCCUGAAACUCAGCCCGUCUUGUUACUGGUUGGAGACCAACAUGGACGCAGAGGAGAGAGAGGAGGCAGAGGAGGAGGAGGAGAAAGGCCGAUGGGUGUGUGCAGGCCGCCUAGCCCCCUCCAUGGGUAUCAUUUGUGGCCGGGGACGCCUGCACCCACAGGCCUCAGGGCCCAGGGCCGAGGCUCCCUCUGGAGAGCGUGAGAUCUUGCUGUCGCCUCGCAUACAGAAAGCCCUGGAAGGUGUACACUAUAUUGCUGACCACCUGCGGUCAGAGGAUGCCGACUCUUCGGUGAGAGAAGACUGGAAGUGUGUUGCCCUGGUCAUCGACAGGAUCUUCCUCUGGCUCUUCAUCAUCGUCUGCUUCCUGGGAACCCUGGGGCUCUUUCUGCCUCCGUUCCUGGCUGGAAUGAUCUGAUGCCAUGUCCCUUGUGUCGGCUCCAAGGCCGUCCUGCCAGCCAGCAACGACCACCUUUAGCUGCAGCUGCCUCCAGAGUGCCCUCGGGGGCCAGCGCCAUCUGCCUGCGGUGCUUCUGGGGAGAGAGCACCAGCCCUGAAAGUCUUCCUGGAGCACUCACUGUGACGCUAUGAACCUAGUACUGGGAAUCUGCUGGACAGAAAGCCCAGUUUAGGAAGCAGAGGAGCUAGAAAAGAAGGAGGACUCUGCCCUGCAGAGGGGUGGGACUAGCACAAGGAGAAACAAUAUGGCCUUGAGGGAGGGGCACAUGGGGGAAGGGGAGGCUGCCUCAGGGGUGGAGGGGCUAUGAGCAAUGGU